UUUCUUAAUCUUAUAGCAUUUUGGGUACGCAUAAAAACAACACAGUCAGUGUAGCUGUCCGUAGUUAGGUAUGCUGAAUGUAUGUUCAUUGUUGCCAAGCUACCACUGGCACUGCACAGGGCCUGCGUAUGCCUACUGCUACAGUACCAUAUUAACAGAUACAUUACUGGUAAGAUAGAGCUUAUUAUCAAUUAAAUAAAUUUAUUAUUUGAAAUAUUGCUUUAUUGUUUCUAGGCAUGGCCUAUACCUAGGCCUGAAAUGUUUCCGACAAUUAACUAGGCCUAGCCCCUAGUAUGGGACUCGGUACCAUCUAGGCUAACCUAGGCCUAGCUAGACUACGCUAGGCUAGCUACCGUACGUUACUUUUAUCGGUAGAACUUUACUAUAACCAAUUUCACUUUUCCCUGCUAAAACUUACUCAGGCCAAGCUAACAAUUGUACUGUUUCCUGUAAAAAGCUAUAAAAUGUUAGUAAUAAAGAAACUUUACACAACAAAAUGAAUGAAUCAUAACAUCGCGAGAUCGGCGUUAAACGCAUUUCUCUAAUCGACAACAGCCUCGCUUUGAGGGGGCGUACUCAGCUUAUGAAUAUGCAAUGAGCUAAGUUAAUGAGCUUUGUCGCGGACGUUUAACGCUAGAAACGGUAAGACGAUUCCAAUCGCGUUUAUCGCGUGUUUGUCGUUUUGAAUAGUUUGGACAUGACGCCUAAUUAGAAGAUAGCAGUCAGUGAUUAUUACAUUAAAAAUAUGUUUAAAUUUAUAUUAUAUAUUUUAUGUUUAAAGGACUUUGCCAAAGAACAAACGCAUUAAGGACUGUAAAAUAGAGGGUUGUGGAGGCCAAGCCUUUGCUCGAAUUGAUAUCCACCUCAAAAAAAUGCAUGAAUUUAAGCUUGAUACAGAGGAAUACCGGCAAGCGUUGAGAAAAAAAGAACAAUCUAGGUCUAUUCACCUAAAGAAACUAACCAUUAUAGAGAGUGUCCAUAAAUAUCUUGUGGAAACACUACAACUCAACAACAAGGCCGCAAAGCAGGUAGUCGCAGAAAUCAAAAUGACUCUGCAGGGAAGACAGUAAAUACCCCUGCAGCAAAACUGAUUGAUGUCGAGGGAUUGAUGACGGCAGCAACAGUUCUUCAAAAGAAGAGAAGUGCUAGAACUGUUAGGCACUACCUUUGUUCAUACAAGAAAUUUAUUGAUUAUUUGUCAAUUUACAAAAACAAAUAUAAAGUAAGCAGUCCAGACUUGCACAGGGCUGCAACUGUGCUGCGAGUACUUUCCAUGUCUCUUACAAGGAAAGUACAAGGCGAAAAAAUGAAGAAGAGAGAGGAGAUUACUGAUGAUUUGAUUCCAGUAGAAGACCAGCAAAGAUAUUUAACGCUUUCAAAGCCGGAAAUAAAACAAAUAAGUGAUAUCAUACAUGAUGGGCAUUCCCCAACGGAGUAUCAAAAGAGCUACUUACGAAAUUAUAUUAUCACAUCACUGGCAAUUGAAAACAGCUGCAGGGCUGGAGUCAUUGAAAACUUAAGCAUUAAAGAGUAUAAAAAAAGAACAAAAAUUGACGGUGGAGAUAAUAAAGAUCUGCAGCAACCUAGAACAUAA